AAAUGUUUGUCAUAAAUGAUGAUUCGUUGAUAUUAACGGUCGAUAUUAAUGGUUAGUCAUAUUGACUGUGAUGUCAGUGAUAGUGACUAUGAGUGCAUUGAAUGUAUUGAAUGAGUGGUUGAAUGAGUGGUUCAUUGAGUGAUUCAAUGAGUUGUACAAUGAGUUCGAACAUAACAUCCAACACAUGAUUAUCGAGUAUUCAAUAGAUUUGACUAAUAAUUAACAAUACAUUGCAUUUGAUUGACUGAUCGUACUACUAUUGAUAUAUCGAUGUUAUAUACAAACUAGUUAUACAACAUAUGACACAUCGCUGACAACUCAACCAAAUUGGUGUCAAUUGAUUGUCUGAAGACCCGAUGGAUAUCCAAACUCCUAUUAUAUGUGUGGGUGUAGUGGCCGUCACCUCAGCCGCCGUCUACUUGAGCUCAGUGUUCGGUAUCAGAGAAAGGACUUAUGAAGAAGCUAUUGAAGAACAACGAAAAAGCAAUAACUUAGAGUUGACCACAAAGACAACCAAAACUACCGAUAAGUUUAAGAAGGAAAAGAAGGAUAAAAAGAAAGACAAAGACAAGACCAACAAAAAAGAGAGUCUAUUAAAACAUAAGACUGUCAAUGGCUCUCAACAACAAACUGCUGACCACAAGCCGAGCCGUAAAGUAGAUCACGCGGUUGAGUUCAAACCGGAACCAGAAGUUGUUCUCUUGUCUGAUAUACAGACUGUUGAUAUCUCAAGACAUCGAAAGCCAUCAAAUGAAAAACCAAUUAAACCAAUUUUACUGAACAAAUGUGAACAAAAUAUAGAUUUAAAUGACUCGUCGUUUCAAUUGAAUGUCAACGGAAGAAACUCUUUUGAUUCCAUUCUUCCAAAAGACGAGUUCGAACUGUUGAAGGAUUUAAAGAAAGGUUUAGAUGUGAAGCCAUCUCUACCCGAACCCGAACCGCAAGUUAUAUCAGUUGUGGAUAAUAGUAGUGACCAGAAAACUUCUACCAACUAUUUAGACAAUGAAUCACAACAACAGUCGACACCUGAACCCGAAAACAAAGCAGAAGUGGUACGAACUGAACACUUGGAUAACUCAUCUCCUGCUCGGAGAUCGAGAAAAUCUAAACAGAAUCAACUCGAAGGUAAUGUGAGAGAAGUGUCGGCCAAUACAAUCAUAGAUUUGGUGAGAACUACUACUUUGAAUAAUGAAGAAAUACAAUUGUUAACAGAUAUUUUGCUUAACAAACAAACUGAUGGAUCAACUGAAUGGAGAAAGAAAAAUGAUCCGUUGGCUGUUCUUAAGAAACAAUUGAUUGAAAAAGAAACAGAAUUAGAAAAGACAACAAAGAAUCUGACGGCAGCCGUCCAGAAGACACGCGAAUUAAGAAAUGAGUUGGAAGUGGAAAAGUCAAGACAAUUGAAUAACAGGGAUAAGAGUCAACAGAUGCAACUGGAAGUGCAAACACUGCACAUUAAAUUACAACAAAGCUAUGAUAGCCAUCGCUCUGAAGUUAGUUCACUACAGAAACAAUUACAACAAAUUCAGGUAAAAUAUAGUGAAGAAAGAAGUCAUAAAUUGCGAAUUCAAGACGAAAAUCAAAGAUUCCAACAAUUAUUGGCUAAUGAACAGCAUAUGAAACAUGAAUUGGAUCAGCUAAGGAAUGAUCGACAACAGUAUGAAAUGAGAAUAAACAACACACAAAAAGCUAAUGAAGAGCUAAUUCGCAAAACUCAACAGUUGGACAAUAGAAUAAUAUCAAUGACAGAAGUGCGACAAAAGGAUGAAUCCGCGUAUCAGAAGCAUAUUCAAGACAUUUCACAAGAAUUACAGAAAUGUGAAACUCAGAGAAAUUCAUUCGGAGAUGAAUUGAAUCACAUUAAGAGUAAAUGCAAUUCAUUAGAGUCGGAAAGUAUACAAUUUCUCCAAAAAUUUAAAGAUUUGGAGAAUUCAAAAAACGAUGAAAUUAAGCGAUUAAUCAAUGAUUUUACUGAAUUGAGUCAACAAAAGAAAAUUUUGGAAAAAGCUUUAACAGAUGCCAAACAUGAACAACAAAAUGGUGAACAAAAUAAUGACAAACAAGAAGCUAACAGACUUAAUGAAGAACUGGUUUUAGUGAAAGAGGAAUUGAAAAAUAUGAAGAAUAUAUGUGAAAAUCAGUUAAGAAAUUAUGAAGAACUUAACGGAAAGUACCGUUUGGCUAAUGAAUCGAUUGAAAAUUUUGAUAAAAUUAAGAAACAAUCGGUUGAAAGUGCACUCAAAAUAUCUGAUGAUAAAAACAAUCAAUUAAAGAGUGAAAUGGAUGUAUUGAAAGAACAAAUCAAUUCAUUAAAUGUAAAACUUAAUGAAACAGAAAAAGCAAAACAUGAAUGCUUUCAACAAAUGGAUUUAAUUAAACAAACACUCAUUAAAUCUAUUCCAAGUCUUGACACUAAUAAUAAAGAUUGGAUUUCAAGUAUUGAAAUUGAAAUCAAUCAACAAUUAAGCCAUAAUUCAACGCAGUCUUCAAGUGAUGUUCAGCAAAGGCUUGAAGAUCUUGAAUCUGUGUUGAAAUUAGAAAAAGAAAAGUCGAAUCAAUUUGCAAAUAAGUGUAGUGAAUAUGAAUCAACUUUAUCACAAACGGAAUUAAUUUUAAGUGAAUUGCAAACUAAAUUGGAGGCACAGGAAAGUAAUAUUAGAUCUAAAGAAACGGAUUUUGAAAAUAAAUUGAUGUCUCAUUCAAAUGAAAAUUCAAAAUUAAGAGAUGAAAUCAAAAGACUUGAGUUGACUUGUGUUCAAAUGGAAGAACUUCAAGAAACGAUUGCUUCGAUGGACAGUCAGCUCAAAGAAUUACAAUCGAAAUUGAGUGGAGAAGAAAAUGAAAAGAAGAUUUUAGAGCAACGAAUCGAUGAGGCGUCAAAAAGUGCAUCCAAUUUAAAACAAGAAUUGGUUGCAUUUGAAAAUGAAAGAUCAGAAUUAGAGUUAUUGAAGACACAGUUUGAAGAAACUAAAACAUUGCUCGAAAAAGAGAAAAAGAUUUCAAAAGAUCUUAAUCAGCAAAACGUUAGAUUAAAUUCAUUAGUAAGGAUAGGACACGAGUCACUCAAACAGGAGACCGAUAAGGUUCGCCAACUCGAAGCUCAGCUCCAUCUUAAUAAUGGUGGUCUUUCUUCGUCGGUAAACGGAUCCAAAGAUACUACCGGUAACACUAACAACAACAUAGAAGUUAAUAAUGAGUCUAAUCCGUUAACUACCGGUACUAAUCCAAGUCAAACUCAAACUCCUUUCCUCUCCAACAUUACUAACAAUAAAUCAAAGCGAAGGCAAAGCAAAAGGGGUUCAGAUCUUAAAAGCAAAAGCUUUAGAUUAAGAGGCUGCUUCGGCUAAGAAGUAACUAUAGAAGACAUCACAUUAUCAGUCAAAUAACUAUUAUUUAUCUUAUGGACCAUAUAUUGAUAUAUUUAACUAUAAAUGGAUUAUUAGUUUUUGGGUUUUUCAGAGAAAUAUUACGAUUUAUAAAUUUUAAUUAAUAUUAUAAUUGACAUAAAGAU